UGAACACUGUUUCCCAUUCCCCCUCGUGUUUCGUGUUUUGGAUUCGAUAAACAAACGAUGUAAUUUAAAGCUAACCUCAAAAGUUUAAAGUUUAAAUAUUUUCUUUACAUCAAGAUUUAUUUUGUGUACAAAGUAAAGAAAUAGAUUUUUUAAGGACGCAAGGGUUGCUCAACUGAGUCAAUAAAUGAGUUUUCGAGGAAGAGGAGGUAGAGGUGGCGGAGGGUUCCGUGGAGGUGGUGGAUUCAGAGGAGGAAGAGGGGGAAGAGGUGGUGGAGGAGGAGGUGGUUUCGACCAGGGUCCACCUGAAACGGUAAUACCGCUAGGUUUUUACGACUACCCUUGCCAAGAUGAUCUGGUUUGCAAAGUAGAAAUGGAGGAUGUUCCUUACUUCAACGCUCCUAUAUAUCUGGAGAACAAAGAGUGUAUCGGCAAAAUUGAUGAGAUUUUCGGAAACGUGAGGGACUACUCCGUUACAGUUAAACUUAAUGACAAUAUGAAUGCUUCAUCCUUCAAGAAAAACACAAAGUUGUAUAUCAAUCCAGAAAAGAUCUUACCCUUGAAGAGGUUUCUACCCCAGCCUCCCGGAGUGAAGAGUUCAAGAGGAGGUGGGGGAAGAGGUCGUGGCAGAGGAGGCGGAGGAGACAGAGGAAGAGGUGGUUUUAGAGGAGGCAGAGGCUUUGGAGGAGGGGGAAGAGGUGGUGGAAGAGGAGGCGGUUUCGGUGGGGGAAGAGGCGGAGGUGGUUUUGGCGGAGGAAGAGGCGGAGGCGGUUUUGGAGGAAGAGGAGGAGGAGGUUUUAGAGGCGGACGAGAUAGUGGAGGAUUUAGGAAGAGUUUUGGAGGUGGUUUCAAGAACUAACUAUCAACCAAGACUUUUUAGACCUAUUUCUUCUGUUAACUGUACAAAUAAAUCUUUUUUUUU